AUGCAAACCAUAAUAUCUAAAACGGGAAUCGAGGUAUCUUACCCUUGUACGGUACAUCUACUUCAAAAUGGCGAAAAUUACGAAUGCGAAUACAAGUCAGACGAUUUGGGUCAAGAUCUUCUAAAUCAUAUUUGUCGCAUACAGAACAUCGACAACCAGUUCAUUUGGGGACUAAAAUUUAUGGAUAACGAUGGCAUGGAGGAUCAAAGACACUGGCUGGAUCUAGAUAAUUUAAUAAGAACGCAAGUACGUACAGUUAGUAACGUGAGAUUUUACUUCAGAGUCAAAGUGUAUCCUCCAGAACCAUACAGAAUCAUCGAUGGCAAUAUCAGAUUCUGCUUUUUCCAACAACUAAGACUAGAUCUGUUAAGCGGCAGAUUGUUCUGUAGUAUUAACGAUGCAUCUAUGCUGACAGCUUUGAUUCUUCAGUACGUCCACGGAAAUUUUGACUGUGACCGUUCUUGGACUUACAACUCGUAUAUAAAGCAGAAGAUUUUAAGGCAAGAAAGAUGCUCUACAAAAUUUUUCUCUAAUACAAAAUUUCGAGCACUUGAUAUUUACGAAAAGCUACUGCCUGAUUUAAGAACUCACGAAGUCGAAGACAUGUUUCUAAGAUUAGCAGCUUUGAUUCUUCAGUACGUCCACGGCAAUUUUGACUGUGACCGUUCUUGGACUUACAACUCGUAUAUAAAGCAGAAAAUUUUAAGACAAGAGAGAUGUUCUACAAAAUUUUUCUCUAAUACAAAAUUUCGAGCACUUGAUAUUUACGAAAAGCUACUGCCUGAUUUAAGAACUCACGAAGUAGAAGACAUGUUUCUAAGAUUAGCUGGUAAACUAAACUCAUAUGGUGUAGAACCGCUUUUGGUGCAAAAUCUGGAACGAGAGGAUGUCAUUCUUUGGAUGAAUUACAGUGGAUUUAGUAUAUAG